AUGACAGAGGUACUGGAACAAACGCCUCUCGUACCUCGUGGUCCUUCAGACAAGGAAAAGAAGUAUGAUCGCCAGCUCAGGCUGUGGGCUGCUUCAGGCCAGGCGGCACUGGAAUCGGCCAAUCUCUUGCUUAUUAACUCGGGAGCCGGCACAGUUGGGAUAGAAACGCUGAAGAACCUUGUCUUACCCGGCAUUGGCAAAUUCACCAUUGCCGAUGGUGCCGUUGUCCAGGAUGUAGACUUGGGCGUCAACUUCUUCCUAGACGAAUCAUGUCUCAGUAAAUCGAGAGCUCAGUGCUGUACGGAGCUGCUCCUUGAGCUUAAUCCAGAGGUGGAUGGAGUUUGGAAUUCUACCGUGACGGAUGCCACCAGUCUUCAAGAGCUACUUGACGCACCAGAGACUUUCACCAUGAUCAUGUAUAGCCAUCCUUUACAACCUGGAAUGCUUGAAGCCAUUGAGGCAUACGGCCGUAAGCAUCGGACGCCACUUAUAGCCAUCCACUCAGUGGGCUUCUACUCCUACUUCCGAAUCACACUACCAGGAACAUUUCCCAUUGUGGAUACUCACCCCGACGAGACUGCAACGACAGACCUGAGGUUGCUAUCUCCUUGGCCAGAACUCUCUGAGUUUGCCAAUGAAAUGACCAAAGACGUCGACAGUCUUGACCACCACGACCACGGCCAUCUUCCCAUGGUUGUAAUUCUGCUUUACUAUCUUGGCAUUUGGAAGAAGGAACACGGCGGCGCUUACCCAACAUCGUACAGCGAAAAGACGGAAUUUCGCCAACUCAUAUCCAAGGUCACAAGGCGAGACAACCCCGAGGGAGGUGAAGAGAACUUUGAUGAAGCUUUCGCAGCUGUAAUGCAGCAUGUGUCUCUACCACCAGUCCCUUCAUCGCUUAAGCAGGUCUUUGAUUACGAGCAUACGGAUGAACAAGAAUCCAAGUCCAGUUUUUGGAUCAUUGCUGAAGCUUUGAAGCAAUUUUAUGCUGAGAAUCAACGCCUACCCGUGGCUGGUGGCUUGCCUGAUAUGAAGGCGCAGUCCAGCGUCUACAUAAAGCUGCAGAACAUCUACAAGGACAAAGCCAGACAAGAUGUAAACGACGUCUUCUCCAGAGUCCAGAAAAUAUCAAGAGGUGAAAACAUCGACUUGGAGGAAGUUGAACUUUUUUGUAAAAACGCUCGCUUCGUUAAGCUUAUCAACAACACGGGGGAAGCGCCGCCAAGCAUGGAGCAGAUCAUAGAACGAGAGCUAAGCAAUGAUGAAGUCGCUGCCAUUGCCGGGCCGGAAAUGCCGACAUCGCUGAUCCCCAUCUACCUUGCCUUGAGCGUGCCGUCGCUUGCUUCGGCAUCUGCUGAUGAGAUUGUAAAUGCAGUCUGCCAAAAGGCACCGGCUCUCGAGGGCAAUGAGCGCUUGACUCAGGUGGCUCAAGAAUUAGCACGAGCAGCUGGCGGGGAGCUGCACAACAUCUCUGCCGUGACUGGAGGGAUGGUGGCGCAAGAGGUGAUUAAAAUCAUUACAAACCAAUAUGUUCCCAUUGACAACACCUGUGUGUUUGAUGGGAUUGAGAGCCGGUGCCAAGUCUUGCGGUUAUGA